CCCCAACUGAGAAACCAAACGGCUCCAAUUCACUGUCAGGUAAUAGCCACACAAGCUCGUCCGGCGCGCAGUGAUGACGUUGAGUUAGCGCUCGUGCGGGGGGGCGGGAUCAGGUGCAGAAUCGACCCGUUUGAUUGGUUCAUUUGUCCGGAAUGGGCGCGGGGUCUCCUGGGACCCGGAAGCAGCCGCCUUUCGGUACGGAAGUCGGCCUAGGGAGUCAUAGAAGUGAGCCACGCCGGGGCUGUGGGAAUAAGAUGGCGGGGAAGAAGAAUGUCUUGUCGUCUCUGGCAGUUUACGCGGAAGAUUCAGAGCCUGAGUCCGACGGCGAGACUGGGGUCGAAACGGCGGGCAGCGCGGCUGAGGAGAAAGGUGGACUGGUAUCUGAAGCCUAUGGAGAAGAUGACUUUUCUCGCCUUGGGGGUGAUGAAGAUGGUUAUGAGGAAGAGGAUGAGAACAGCAAACAGUCGGAAGAUGAUGAUUCAGAGACGGAAAAACCUGAGGCUGAUGACCAAAAGGAUAACACAGAAGUAGAAAAGCGAGACCCCCAGGAAUUAGUUGCUUCCUUUUCUGAAAGAGUCCGGAAUAUGUCACCUGAUGAGAUUAAGAUCCCCCCAGAACCCCCUGGCAGAUGCUCAAAUCACUUACAGGAUAAGAUCCAGAAGCUUUACGAGCGGAAGAUAAAGGAGGGAAUGGAUAUGAACUACAUCAUCCAGAGGAAGAAAGAGUUUCGGAACCCCAGCAUCUAUGAGAAGCUGAUCCAGUUCUGUGCCAUCGAUGAGCUGGGCACCAACUACCCAAAGGAUAUGUUUGACCCCCAUGGCUGGUCUGAGGAUUCCUACUAUGAAGCAUUAGCCAAAGCCCAGAAGAUCGAGAUGGACAAAUUGGAAAAAGCCAAAAAGGAACGAACCAAAAUUGAGUUUGUGACGGGCACCAAGAAAGGCACCACAACCAACGCCACAGCCACCACCACCACGACGGCCAGCACAGCCGUGGCAGAUGCCCAGAAGAGAAAGAGCAAAUGGGACUCGGCCAUCCCGGUGACGACGAUAGCGCAGCCCACCAUCCUCACCACCACGGCCACUCUGCCGGCCGUCGUCACGGUGACCACCAGUGCCAGUGGCUCCAAGACCACGGUGAUCUCUGCCGUGGGCACCAUCGUGAAGAAGGCCAAGCAGUGACGAGAGUGUGGCUCGGGUGCUCGGACAAUCUUUCCCUGAGGGAGGGCACGCUCCAGGCUUGAGCAGACUGUGGCGCAGAGCCGAUGCCCGCCGGAGCGGCCACUUUGUAUAUUUCAGGACUGGGGCAGGCCCUGCCCCCCAGAUGCCACCCCGACAGGAGUCUCUGUGUGGCGGUCCAGCCGGGAGGCCGCAGUGGAGCGGGUUCUGGGGCCGGGGUCGCUCUAUUAAAGGUGCCGUGCUCUGGCGUCAAGGCUGCCCUGACCUCUUC